ACUCGAAUGGAUGAAAAUGAAUCGAUACGUAGUAGUUUCGGGAUUGAAUAUUAGUCACUCCCAUUGUUCAUGAUAUUUUAAUGUAUACAAUGCCAGCUGUAAUAACAACUCAAUUUUUUGGGUUCUAAAAUAAAAUAUUUACAAUAUGGACACAGGUUACCCUUAACGACAUGCCCCAAACUGAUCGUUACCCGUCCUGGGUGGGUUUGAUGUACAUUUUCAACCUCAUCGUUGGGACGGGUGCUCUAACAUUGCCAGCUGCAUUUGUAGGUGCCGGGUGGCUUUUCAGUACAUUUAUGAUAAUUUUCUUAGCAUUCAUCAGUUUUGUUACAGUUACUUUUGUAAUUGAAAGUAUGGCAUGUGCUAAUGCAACUUUACAAUGGAGGAGAAUACAUUCUAAUGAAUUUUAUGAAAAUCGACAACUUCCUGGUGAUUCUGACUCAGAAUUAGAGUAUAGUAACGAAGAGACUGCGAUUCUAAAUAAAGUACCUAGAAGAUUAUCUCUUUAUAAAAUAGAUACCAAAGUUGAAUUAGGAGAGAUAGCUGGCCUCUAUCUCAACAAAUUUGGACACACAUUAUUUUUUUCUUCUCUCUGUAUAUAUUUGUAUGGGGACUUAGCUAUAUAUACAGCCGCAUCAGGCAAAACUUUAAUUAAUCUAAUUUGUAAUAAUGGAAAUGAAACUGAUGAUUACAGUACAGAAUGUUUGAGUAAUUAUAAUUUUAGUAAAGUCAAUAUGUAUAGAUUGUUUGUUACAGGUUUUGCUUUACUCGUAGGCCCUUUUGCCUAUUUUAACGUACAAAAAACUAAAUAUUUGCAGCUAUUUACAAUUUGUAUCAGAUGGUUAGCUUUUUUUAUUAUGGUUACCUUAGCCAGUAUUCGAUUACUCAAGUUGGGACCUCAAGGGCAUCCUGAUUUAAUUAAUUUAAAGGAGAUACCCGCUUUAGCGGGAAGUACUGUGUAUAGUUUUAUGUGCCACCAUUCUUUGCCUAGCCUUGUGGCGCCUAUUUCUAACAAAGAUAAGAUUAUUAGUAAAAUUAGCUAUGAUUUUAUCGCUAUUUGCUGCUUUUAUUUAUUAUUAUCAAUAACAGGUUCAUUUGCUUUUGCUACUUUAAAUGAUCUUUAUUCCUUGAAUUUUAUUUAUACUCAGAAUUCUAAUUACUUUAGUAAAGUAAUUGGAUUCUUCCUAGUGUCUUUUCCGUUAUUUCCAAUGUCCACGAGUUUUCCAAUCAUAGCCAUAACUCUACAAGGCAAUUUGAAAAACUUAAUGUUGAAUACUGCCGCGUAUAGAAACAACGUAGUAUUGAACCGUUUCAUAUUUCCCACGUUAGCGAUAGCUCCUCCUGUAAUUGUCGCCCUUUGUACUCAUAAUAUAAAAUAUUUGGUUGAAAUUACCGGUACUUACGCGGGUGUUAUAGUUCAGUACGUCGUUCCAACAAUUUUAGUUGGUUACGCAAGAAAACAAUGUAUGAAAGAUUUCGGUUUUUCCGUUCAUAAGUUUUCCAGUCCAUUUAAAAACCGGUUUUGGUAUUUUUUCGUGAUUUCGUGGUCAAUUAUUUGUUUAAUAUUUGUGACUGUGGAUUUUAUUAUAAAUAAAUAAUUUAUUUAAUACAA